AUGAGGAAAAUGCUAAAAGAGAUGCUAGAUUCGGCUUACGUGGGGAAUGGAGAGGAGAACAGGCGGAGAACGAUGGGAGAUGACUAUGGUGACGAGGAGGAGGAGACGGUGGGUGGAGGCGAGAAGGAGGAGGAGAUGGUAGACGGGCGUUUAUGUGUUGAGUGCAAGGAUGCAGCUGCGGAGAGGUUAUGUGGUGAUUGCCAAGAACAGUUCUGUGUUGUUUGCUUUUCGAUGAUACACAGAACUGGGCGGAGAAGGAAGCAUUUGUACAUGGAAUUAACGAAUGAGAUCGAACAGGAGCAGGAGAACGGGGAGGAGGAGGAGUCUUUGCCAAGAGAGUUACCAGCGGUAGUGAUGGAUGCGGAUGAGAAGAUGCUGAGGGUGUUGUUGGAACAUUCAAAGUAUGUUCCACUACGGUUGAAGCACGAGGAAAGACACUUGUUCCGGUUAUUAGAGGCAGCUUUGCGGGUAUCUGAAUAUACAGAUCGAGUGGAUAUUCUCUCUUCUAAGUCCCGAGCAAGGAGGAUUGUGGAGCAAUUGAAGGAGAUAUGUUCUGUGUUGUGUGGGUUGGUUAUGGCAUCCGAUCUAAAGGCAGGGCAAAAGCUUGCUGAGAUGAAAGAGUUUGGAGAUAACGCCGCAUGGUUCCAGGACGUUUUCGAAAUAGGCAGACGCUAUAAGAUCAUGAAUCCCGAAAGGAUGAGGGAUACAUUUGGAAAGUUGUGCUAUAUGGUCAUGGAUUCUCGUUUGCCACAGAUCGAAGAGCAGUUAGAGUUCCACUUAUAUAAGCCAAUUAAGACCGUGCAAUCAUACUUGAGUGAUCCCAGGGACAAUGGAAAGGCGCUUUCCAUGUUUGAGGAUAAAUUGCUUCUCUAUGCUACUUCAAAUAUUGAUCCAAAGGGCAAAUCCCGUGCUGAAAUUAAUAGGUUAGUGAGGCAAAAGGAGCUUUCCGUUGAGGAACUGGUGUCAAAAUACUGCACCUCUGUUUUCUCAAGGGAAGACAUUAGGCAAGUUCUUUACUCUAUCGGUGAUUAUAAUGCUUAUAUCAACGCUAACAGAAAGCCUAUCGUGAGCAUGCUCAAGAGAUUGGACAGGUUUUGCGAGCCUGAGAUCAUUUCGAAAUACCCUAUCAGUAUUCAGCAGGGCAAGAAUGGUGCGAGACUAACACAUGACCAUGAAAGACAAUGGCAUUAUGUCCAGCAGUCAUUAAUGUUGUGGUCAGUAAUCCAAAGAAAGAUGAUCCAGUUAUGGUAUAUCGCUGAUAAGGAUCUCUUCGACGGAUCGUCCUAUAAACUAGUUUCUACGGGACAAGGUUUGAAUAGAGUUAAACCGUGCCCUGCACUUUACGAAGAGAUGUAUAAUAUUCUUAGCGAAUGCCGUGCAAAAUGUGGUGGUUGGGUCGGUUCUUCUGUUGUACAUUUGGGGGAUGAUGCUGUUCCUAAUGCUCUAUUCUUUUUAGACAAAUACACCCAGGUUCCAAAUAUAUUAAUACCUUUUGAGCAGACUCUAUCCAACAUAGACGACUUGGCCGCGGCAGAUCCAGCCUUGAAGAAUUACAUUGAUCAGAAAUACGGCAGCAUCGAGGAUCUAAAACUCACUAUCUUGCAGGAUGCAUUCGCACACAUGUUUGAUGGAUCCGGUGCUGAUAACUUCUAUAUGAGUGGGUCCUGCAUUGAUGGCCGUUUGACUUCCGCGUGGAACCACACAAACAACAUUUCCAGAAAGGUAUACUUUAACAUCUUCCUAAUGAACGGUUUUACUGGGUUCAAUGGUAGUGAAGGCUUCUAA